CAGAUUUUGUAGAAGGAAACGUUGGAGUCGAAGGAAACAGAAAGAUAUUGACAUGAUGACCUCAGCUGUGAUCGGUUGCCUUGUGGCCGUGGCUUUCUUUGCUGUGGUGGAUUCCAGGGCUCUUAGCUCACUGGAAAUAAACGCAAAUCAACAAAACCCAGCCCAGGCUGCACAGCAAGUCAGUGUUCAGAGCCAAUCAGAUGAAGUGAAACAGGAUAAGGCCAGCAAAGAACAGCCAGGUGUCUACUACCCCGGCUAUGGACAUUUCGCAUACCCCUGGCAAUAUGGAAAUUAUCCCUACGGCUACCCCCACUACCCCUACCCAUAUCAACACCCCCAUGUACCCGUCACUGCGCCUGUAGUAGUACACCCAGCUUUACAUCCAGCAGUGCACCAGGCCCCCGCUACUGUUCACUAUCCAUACCCCUACAAUUACCCAUACCCCUACCACUACCCCUACGGAUACAACUACUGGAAUUACAACUGCGGAUACCCCGGCUGUACGACCCAUGUUGAGCCCAAGGAAAACAAACCUGCAGAAGAAUCCAAAGAGGGUAAUGAAGACAAAGAAGACAAAAAGAGUACCGUCAGUAACUGAAUGAAUCAAGCUGUUGUUCUUGCUUUUGUAAGAGUUUGUGCUUGAAUAAACAUGCUAUGA